CACCGGCAGGUGGCGGUGUCGGCGGGCCAGUGUGGGGAGUGGGGCGGGGGUGCCUUGGCCAUGGCGAGCGGGGGGCCGCUCACGGCGUUGUGGACCGAGGUGAAUCGCUUUGGCCAGACUGCAGAUUACAGCCGAGCUCUUAAAUCUCUGAACAAAAUACUGCAAGAUGACAAGGAUGAUAUCACUGCGCUGCAUUGUAAAGUGGUCUGUCUGGUUCACAAUGGAAAUUUCAAGGAAGCACUGAAUAUAAUUCACACUCACAGUAAGGUGCUUUCCAGUGAUGUAAUUGCCUUUGAGAAGGCUUAUUGUGAAUACAGACUGAACCGGAUAGAAACUGCACUGAAGACCAUUGAAAGUGUUGACCAAUGGACUAACAAGUUAAAGGAGCUUUAUGCACAAGUGCUGUACAGACUGGAACGAUAUGAAGACUGUUUGACAGUUUAUCGUGAUUUAAUUCGGAAUUCACAAGAUGACUAUGAAGAGGAAAGGAAAACCAAUCUUUCAGCUGUUGUGGCAGCUUUAAGUACCUGGGAAGAUUCAUACCCUGAAGAUUUGGGCUUACCUGAAACUUCAUAUGAACUAUGUUACAAUGCUGCUUGCACUUUGAUUGGUGAGGGCAAGCUGCCUCAGGCUAUGAAUAAACUUCAGAAAGCUGAAGAACUCUGUCGGCAAUCAUUUUCAGAAGAUACUGAUAUAAGCGAUGAAGAAAUUGAUGCUGAGCUAGCAAUAAUUCAUGCCCAGAUGGCUUAUGUUAUGCAGCUCCAAGGACGGAAUGAUGAUGCUUUGCAACUUUACAAUCAAGUGAUCAAACUGAAGCCUUCAGAUGUUGGACUCCUUGCUGUAACUGCCAAUAAUAUAAUUACACUGAACAAGGACCAAAAUGUGUUUGAUUCAAAGAAAAAAGUGAAACUGACCAAUACAGAAGGGGUGGAGCAUAAACUCACCCACAGACAGCUGCAAGCUGUAGAAGUCAAUAAAGCUUUGUUGGCCAUGCAUACAAAUCAGGCUGACCAAUGUCGAAAACUAACAUUAGGUUUGCAGAAGCAGAACUCAGAGACUCCGCUACCGGUAUUAAUUCAGGCAGCACAAAUGUGCCGAGAGAAGCAGCAUACUAAGGCUAUCCAGCUCUUGGAGGAUUUCCUGGAGCAGCACCCAGAAAAUGCAGUUGAACUGAAGAUGACAAUGGCACAGUUAUAUCUUGUCCAAGGUCAUGUUACAAAAGCAUGUGACAUCUUGAGAUCAAUUGAUGAAAAGUCAAAUACACUAGGGAUGGUGUCAGCCUUAGUUACUAUGUAUAGCCAUGAGGAAGAUAUUGAUAGUGCAAUAGAAAUUUUCUGUCAAGCUAUCCAGUGGUACCAAGAACACCAGCCUAAUACACCAGCUCAUUUGCUAUUAGUGAGAGAAGCAGCCAAUUUUAAGCUGAAAUAUGGGCGACAGAAAGAAGCAAUCAGUGAUUUGGAGCAACUUUGGAGACAAAAUUCUGAGGAUGUACGGACUUUGGCACAGCUCAUCUCUGCAUAUUCGUUGGUGGACUCCGAAAAAGCCAAGAUACUUAGCAAGCACCUACCUUCACUUGAAGCUAUGUCUUUCAAAGUGGAUGUUGAUGCCUUAGAAAAUUCACAUGGUGCCACGUAUAUAAGGAAGAAGGCUGGAAAAGUGGCAGGUGAAAACCAACUGAAAGAACGUGGACAAGGUGAUACAAAGAAAAAGAAGAAGAAAAAGAGAGGUAAACUACCCAAAAAUUAUGAUCCCAAAGUGCCUCCAGAUCCAGAACGAUGGCUUCCCAUGCGGGAACGCUCAUAUUAUCGUGGGAGAAAGAAGGGGAAGAAGAAAGAACCCAUUGGGAAAGGAACUCAAGGUGCAACAUCAUCUGGAGCAAGUGAACUUGAUGCAAGCAAGACAGUGAAUAGCCCACCGACAUCCCCAAGACCUGGGAUUGCAGCAACGGUUGCACCAUCCAGUAACAUUGUGCCCCCUCGGCAACAGAAACCUUCGGCAGCUUCCAAGAAAAAGCAGCAACAGAAAAAGAAAAAGGGUGGAAAAGGGGGAUGGUGAUGCCAUUUAAUUGUGUGAAACAAAGUUCUACACAUGCACAGAGACUUGAAACAAUCAAUGUAAACACAUUAUGGUGUUAAGAGCUUCAAUAAUAAAGGACUCAAUGUGACAA